AUGGACGCUACAAAGAGGAGUAUGAGAGUUCUAAUGCUUCCAUGGUUGGCUUAUGGCCAUAUAACUCCAUUUCUAGAGUUAGCUAAAAAGCUUGCUCAAAGGAACUUCCAAAUCUUUUUCUGUUCUUCUCCUGUCAAUCUCAAUUCCAUCAAACAUAAAAUUUCUGACCAUCCAAACAAACCCAACAACUCCAUACAAUUCGUAGAGCUCCAUCUUCCAUCACUUCCUUCACUCCCUCAAGAAAACCACACCAUGAAAGGUCUUCCAUUCCUUCUCUUUCCCAUCCUCUUGAAGGCCCUAGACAUGACAAAACCUCAACUCUCCGAUAUCAUUCAAACCCUGAAACCAGAUUUGAUCAUCUAUGAUGUUCUUCCACUUUGGAUACCUGAUUUAGCUUCUUCUCUCAAUAUUCCAUCCAUUGCCAUAAUAACUGGGGGAGUGGCCUUUGUUUGCGUAAUGUCUUUUUACCAUGUUGAAGACGAUAAACAUGUUGAUGAACGUGAAUUCCCAUUUCCAGAACUCUAUCCUGAUCAUUUGAGAAUAAAGUUUUCCCAAAUGCGCAAGUUACCUCCUCUCUCUGAUGAGCAAGGAAGAGAUAUGUCACCCCUAAGCAUGUACAAGAAAUCUAAUAGUAUCAUUCUUGUAAAGUCUCGUGAAGAACUAGAGGGAAAAUACAUGGACUAUCUUUCAGCUUCUUUUGGCAAGAGAAUUGUUCCUCUUGGUCCUCUUGUUCCAGAAUUGGUCAACAAUGACAAUGAGGGCAUGGACAUCAUCAACUGGCUCAACAAGAAAGAAAAAUCACCCACGGUGCUUGUGACUGUUGGAUCUGAGUUGAGCAUGGGUAAGGAAGAUAUGGUGGAAAUGGCUCAUGGGCUAGAGCUUAGCAAUGUGAAUUUCAUAUGGGUUAUUAGGUUCAAUGAGGGAGAGAAUAUCAAGAUUGAAGAUGUUCUUCCAAAUGGGUUCUUAGAAAGGACAACAGAGAGAGGAUUAAUUGUCGAGAAUUGGAUACCCCAAAUGAAGAUUCUGAGCCAUGAAAACAUUGGUGGGUUUGUGAGUCAUUGUGGAUGGGGUUCAGUGAUGGAGAGCAUCAAAUUUGGUGUCCCAAUCAUAGCGGUGCCUUGGGCUCUUGAUGGACCAUGGAAUGCAAGAGUAGUAGAGGUUUCUGGGAUUGGUUUGGAGAUUGAGAGGGAAAAUAAAAAUGGGAAGCUUCUAAGGGAAAGUGUUGCUAAAGUGAUUAAACAAGUGGUGGUGGAGAAAAGUGGAGAGGAAAUUAGAAGGAAAGCAAAAGAAAUGAGUGAGAGUAUUAGAAUGAAAGAUGAGGAAGUGACUAAUAGGGUGGUUAAGGAACUUUUACAACUUUGUGAUUCAUAA